AUGGAGCGCAUCCAGUGGCCUGUACAGGACCUGCAGGAAGGCUGUGAGUGGACAACUGACCUGAUGGACAAUUUUGCCAUUUACUUUGGCCACGUCUUGUGCAACAGUUUCUACCCGGUGCUGCAACGAGCCAUCGGGGUGGGCAGUGCCUUCGAAGGUUGGAGUCCCCGUGAGCAGGAUGUUGUGUACCGUGUGCUGGUAGCCAUGAAUCCUCCCCGAGGCCACUCCUUCCAGCUGGAGCUGGACACUGCAGGGCAGAGGCGCGGGAGGAACUUCCGCGUCCGCGUGCAGCUGGAGUGCACCUGCAGCAGGGAGCAGCAGGGGGAGAACAUGCUGUGCUUCCUGCACCAGCCCCAGGAGGUGCUGAGGAGCAAUCAGGAUGCCAGCCUCCUACACACCCUGUGCACCGGCUCCUACCUCGACGUGCAGAAAACUGCCCGCUGGUUCUACCAACUGGUGAGAGCAAUCUGGCCGGCUUUGCCUCAGUCCCACAAUUGGCAUUUAGUGCUGCUGCCCUCCAGACGCUCCUGCCAAUUCCAGGUGAGCAACGGCGCAGCAAGCUUCCGCAUUGAGGUGCUGUUUGGGGUGCGGCAAGGCGACUCAGACAUCUUUGUGAGCAGCCAGCCUAGGGAGGCCUGCACGCCAAGCACAACAUGGCCGGAGAGCUACGCCGUGGCAGAGAUGAAGUUCUUCAAGUGCAUCGCCAGGCAGGCCCCCCCUGACAGCUUGCACCUCAAAUGCCUGCAGUUCUUCAGCUGUCUGCAGCUGGGCUCCGGCUUUUCCACCUACACCAUCAAGACCAUUGUCAUGCACCUCCUGUCCAUCAUCCCCGUGUCACGGUGGCGCAGGAGAGAUUUUGUCAGGCGACUGGUGGAUAUCAGCGAGGGCCUGCGCUUCUGCGUGCAAGUGAGAUGCCUCAACCACUUCAUCGUGGGCAACCGGAGCCUUCCUGGGGAGAUCAGGGUUCCCCCAGAGGUGCAAAUGGCCGAGACGUGCAAUCUCUUCCACCACCUGGUGAUGGAUCCCGUUGCCCACUCCCAGGCGAUGAGUGAGUACGUGGAU